AUGCGCCAGCAACCAGGCGAGGAGCCGCCAGGGCACUUGCCGUUGGUUGGUCACAACCAUCAGUCCAGACUGUUGUCGCUGCCUGCUGGAGGGUGCAGCCCAUUUCUAAUCCAAAAAAGGAGGCAAGGGGCCCCGGGCAGGAGGCUGGCGCCUGGCCUGGCGGAGCGGGGCGCGGGCAGCAGGGCACGGGCGGCCGGGCCUUCACCAGGAACCACGCGCACCAGGCUGCCUGCAGCGGGGCCGCAGCCUCCGGGGGCCACCGGGGGUCCUCAGCGUCUCCGGGCUGAGCCCCAGGAGAUGCAGAAACACUGCAGACACCCCCCUUCCAGGCGAAGGCUCAGUCUGUGUGAGGCGCCCCCCACCUGCAGCAGAUGGGGUCGGAGCGCCGAGGAGCCGGGGCCAGCCCGCGUGGGCGCUCAGCUGUCCGCAGUGUGGGGCCGGGAGAGACGGGAGAGAGGGCCUCCACGAGAGAAGAGGGUGGGCGAGGAGGAAGGGACGGAAGGGAGGGGCAGUGGCUGA